GGCAGAGAUAAGACAGAGCGGAGCCUUCACACUCACCCAGCCGGAGGAGGUGACAGCAGGACUGCAGGACACCAGCUAUUCAUUCCAGGGAUCUGCAGACACCAGGCUCUAGACAUCAUGUAUGCCAAUGGAAAGGUGGCACUGGUCACUGGGGCUGCCCAGGGGAUUGGCAGAGCUAUGGUGGAGGAACUUUUGAACAAGGGAGCUGCGUUGGCAAUGGUGGACCAAAAUCGAAUAGCUGGUGAGCAGUGUAAGGCCUUCCUUGAUGAGAAGUUUGGAAGUAACAGGACGUUGUUCAUCCAGUGUGAUGUCACAGACCAAGAACAGCUGAGAGCUGCAUUUCAAAGGACAGUGAAACAUUUUGGAAGGUUGGACAUCCUGGUGAACAAUGCUGGAGUAAACAAUGAAAAAGACUGGGAGAAGACUAUUGAAGUUAACCUAAUCUCAGUUAUCAGAGGAACUUAUAUCGGCUUAGAACUUAUGAACAAAAAGAAUGGCGGUCAAGGAGGCGUUAUAAUAAACAUAUCAUCUCUGGCAGGACUUACCCCUGCCGCCUACCAGCCAGUGUACUCUGCUUCCAAGCAUGGCGUAAUUGGAUUCACAAGAUCAAUAGCGGCUAUGGCAUCUAUUGGAAACUAUGGUGUGAGGGUGAAUACAGUGUGCCCGGCAUUUGUAGACACACCACUCCUAGAAUCCAUUGAUAAAGAAGAGAAUAUGGGAGAAUAUUUCAAGUACAAGGAUAACAUAAAGGACAUGAUGAAAUUGUUUGGCAUACUUGAUCCAUCACUAAUCGCAGAAGGACUAGUCAGACUCAUAGAAGAUGAAACCGCAAAUGGUGCAGUAAUGAAAAUCACAACAUCCCGGGGAAUUCAUUUUGAAGAAUUCAGUGCCCAGCAGCGGACCAAAGUGUGAAUCUGCAAUGAGAAGAUUGUUCAUUGUGAAUUAUAGCUUAAGUACAUAUUCCUUUUUUAUAUUAAAAACAUGUAUAGUAAAAUAAGCACAAGAGCAACAGAAUAAUGACUUAACAAUGAAAAUGAUGCAGCUAAAUCCAUUAAAGCAUCACUGACAUUUCCACAAACUUUGCAUUAAUCAAUAGUACAGUGUGUACAUGAGAAUAACACUAUUU